UUGGAAUGGAAGCCAGGGCUUGUCCUGGGCCAUUAAUGGCUGGCUUCUCGUCAUCUUCUCUUAGUAUCGUGAAAACCAACAAAAAAGGAACUAGAAAGUACCCUGCCUGUUUAUUCAGUUCAGUUCACAGUUCAGGGUGUUUUUAAACCAGUAAUCUGUCCAUACAUGUAAAUCCUGGUAUCUUUUUUUCUGUCUUGGCGUAAAAAAGAAGCUGACUUGGAAAACAUUAUUCCAAGUAACAUAGACGUUUGGUCUUCAGGCGAUCCAAAUCAGUUUUGCACGUUUAACAACCAGACUGAUUAUGCAGUUGAAAAGAAACCACCCACCUUCUCCCUCUCUCUCCCUCUCUCUACCAACUUUCUUCAUAUUUAAUCUCGUUUACCUGCCAGGCAGAGGUAGAGUUAGUAACACAAGAAGCGAGAAAGUUGUGGGUUUCCUGAUUCUCACAGGGCAACCAACAUGCAAGACAUUGAGAACAGAGGAGUAAAGAACCGAGCCGGUGGGUACUCGUCAUCAUCGACUUAUGUGAUUGAGGAGACGGAGACACAGUGGACUUCAUGGCUGGUUCCCAUGUUUGUUGUCGCCAAUGUCGCCGUUUUCGUUGUUGUCAUGUUUGUCAACGACUGUCCUAAGCACCACAAUCAUGCUGUUGAGGGAAACUGCGUAGCAAAGUUUCUGGGGAGGUUCUCCUUUGAGCCUUUGCGGGUGAAUCCUCUCUUCGGUCCUUCUUCUCAUACAUUGGAGAAGUUGGGAGCUCUUGAUUGGAGCAAAAUUGUGGAAAAGCAUCAAUGGUGGAGGCUUGUGACUUGUGUGUGGUUGCAUGCUGGAAUAGUUCAUCUUCUUGCAAACAUGCUGAGCUUAGUUUUCAUUGGCAUUCGCCUUGAACAGCAGUUUGGGUUCGUUCGAGUUGGGGUUAUUUAUCUCUUGUCGGGAUUUGGUGGCAGUGUACUGUCUUCUCUAUUUAUCCAUAAUAACAUCUCCGUAGGGGCCUCCGGGGCUCUUUUUGGGCUUCUAGGAGCAAUGCUUUCGGAACUCAUUACAAAUUGGUCUCUUUAUGCAAACAAGGCUGCAGCACUUCUCACACUUCUAGUGAUCAUUGCCGUUAACCUUGCCAUUGGGAUUCUGCCUCAUGUUGAUAAUUUUGCGCAUAUUGGCGGAUUUCUUGCUGGUUUCUGCCUUGGAUUUAUCUUGCUGCCCCGCCCUCAAUUUGGGUGGCUGGAGAACCAGAAUCUUCAAGCUGGUACUCGCAUAAAAUCCAAGUACAAGACCUAUCAAUAUGUACUAUGGCUCGUUUCUCUGGUUCUGCUGAUUGCUGGAUUCGCGAUAGCACUGGUGAUGCUUUUCCGGGGAGAGAAUGGAAAUGAUCACUGCCAUUGGUGUCACUACCUGCAUUGUGUACCCACCUCGAGAUGGAAUUGUAAUGAAUGAUGAACUCGUGUAUUGGUUUUUCGUUUUAAUUUUUAUUUAUGAUUAUUUUUUAAAAAUAUGACUCUACUUCUAAAAUUCCUAGGUUGUAGGUGGAAAAGGGAAACGGAAAAAAAAAAUGUAUUGUAGCUUAGGAACCAGAAUGCUGCUCUGUUUUCUAUUUGAUUUGCUCUCUAAACUUAAGAAAAAUUAUUGUUUGA